CACACAAGUAUUGAUUUUUUAGGGUAAGCCAUAUCGUAUUUGUCCAUUUGUCUGUUUCAUAUCUCUGUGUUUACUGAUGUCUUUGUGAAAUUAGACAGGCUAAAGUAAAAGAAUUUAUGGCAGCUUAUUCUGCCGGAAACUAUGCUGCCCCUACUAUUGACGAAGUUGUUCCUUUUGUCAUACAAAUUGUCUACCCUUUGCUAAGCAAGUUCAUAUAUGUCUCACCGAAUGUAAUAAUAAAGGGAAGGGUUGAAGAACUGCUUGCAGUUAACUUAGGCAACUAUGGCAUUGCAGUUGCCGAGGACUGCUCCAAAAGACUAUCCACCUACAUUAAUUUGGAUGUUUUGGAUGCUGUUCAAAGAUCCGCUUCAAAACCAUGGGUGUCUGAGACACCAUAUGCGAAAAAUGCUUGUAUCCCAGAGUUGGGUAUGGUUCUGAUUGACCUCACUAAAUUGGAAAAGGAUCUUCUGGAAGCCAUCCUCUGGUGGAGUAAGGUUCUGAAUAGGAGUGAAAGGAGCAGCCCAAAUCCAGCAGUAGCCCUUGCACUUCACAACAGACACCUCAAACUUCCUCACUCUUGGAGGGUCGGCAGUUUAAUACAAUCGGAGAAAACUCUAGUUCUUCGUUAUGGUAAUGGUAGAAAUGUUUGCUCUUUGUUUGGCAGUGGAACCAUCUCACAGCCUGAUUUUAGAGAUAUCGUGGAACAUUACCUUCCUCCUGGGUCAGAUCGGAUAUUGGGCAGCUAGAAUCUCCAGUCCCGGCCUUCUCUGCAGAAAUUCAAAGUGGCAUGAAAUGGAAUUAUGUGAGUACUUCAACUUAAAUGUAAGAUUUCAUACACUGAAUGGUGCUCAUUCUUACUAUCAGCCAUCAACUGGAGGCUAAAGUAAGAGAAAGCUAGUUUUUGUUUUCUGGAGGCUUUUGUAAUGGUUCCCAAUAAG